AUGGAUUUUCGCACCAUUUUAAUGCCGUUAGCUAUGAUGUUUUGGAUUGAAUGUAGAGAGGAUAAUAAAUCUUUGUUGUUUAAUAAUUUUUAUUCAGAUUCGAAAAACAAUCAGUCAAACGCUGAAGCAAGCAGCACCACUAGAGUAAUGUCUUUUGAAGAGGUUAUUUGCUAUGUAAAUAUUAAUGUGGAAAUAGGCAUUUCAAGACUUUUAUCAUCAAUUCUUGCAUUGAUCGGUAAUGGUCUUGUUAUUGGUUAUGGGUUAUACAAUCGGAAAAAGCUCUCUAGCUUCCGCUAUUUAAUUUUAGGUCUAGCCAUUUCUGAUAUUGUUUUUGCAAUCACCCAAACUAUUAUGAGUGUACAUCAAAUAUGGACUUGUUAUUGGCUUUUUAGCAAAUAUACUUGUAAAUUUCUUCGGGCAAUAAAUCAUGCAAGUGUUAAUAUUUCAGUUGGAUUUAUAGUUAUUAUUGCUUUGGAUAGAUACAUUUGCAUUUUGUACUCAUUUAGUCUUGCAUGGAAUCAAACUAAAUUGUUAUUAGUUGCACUUAUGAAUGUUUUGACAGGAUUACUUUUAGUUGUUCCUCAAGCAAUUUUUCUUCACGUAAGCAAAUUUAACACGUGUUCAGAAGAAUGGUCUAAUAGCAAUCCAACUGUAUAUUCUUAUUCUUUGCUGAUUAUUUAUUACAUCAUACCAAUAUUAUUAUUAAGUUUUCUUUAUUACAUAAUGAUUGUUUGGUUGAAAAAAGCUUUUUUAAAAAGUAAAGUUUUGAAUAAUGAGCAACUAAAAUCACGUGUGAAAAAGAAUCGAAGAACGCUUACUAUGCUGAUUUUAAUUUUAGCCUCGUUUGCAAUACUAGUUCUUCCAAGUCGCGUUGUUUGGAUUGUUAGCGACCACUAUGGAUUAAAUAAAAUUAAAAAUAAAAAUAUAAUACGGUUUUUAAUUACGUUUUCUGAGGUUCCAGACGGAUUUCACGCUUCAGUAAAUCCUAUAAUUUAUACAAUACAUGGCUUUAAGUUUAAAUCGCAAAUACAAAAGGUUAGCAUUUAUUUCAAGUCAAAAUCCAUAUCUAAUAUUCAUGCUACGGUAAAUAUAAAUACUAUUAGUAAUAUACAAUGA